CAUGCGCAAUAUAUAGGAAAACAAAAAAUGGCGUAUGGUGAAUCUUAGGAGUACACCGAUGGGUAAAUCAUGUCAGUUGUAGACUUUUAUACCUAAGUUUACAAAUAAAGACUUAUAUUAUUUGAUUCGAAACUGAGCAACCAUGCUUGAUCUCGAAGUUGUUCCUGAAAGAUCUCUCGGAAACGAACAAUGGGAGUUUAUUUUGGGUAUGCCAUUCUACCAAACUGUAAAUAUCUUAAAACGUCAAGACCGUGUGAUAAAAGCUGUUCAAAUUCGAUACAGUAAUACUCAACCUUUACAAAUGGAUCUGGUUGUAAGUUUAUCCCAGGAUGGAAUUAAACUGAUCUUCGAUCCAGUAUGUCAACGGUUAAAAAUCAUUGAAGUAUUUUGUAUGAAUAAAGUUAAAUUAAAAUAUUGUGGUGUGCAUUUUAAUUCCUUGCAAGUUCAGCCUACCAUUGAACAGAUUGAUCAGUCGUUUGGGGCAACACGUCCUGGAGUGUAUAAUUCCGAGAAACAACUUUUUGUUUUAAAUUUCCGUGGGCUUUCCUUUGAUUUUCCAAUUGAAUCCAAAUUUGAGCCUGUUUUCUCUAAGCCUCGUUAUGCUCAUGGACUUGGAUCCCUUCAAUUUCCAAAUGGAUCAUCUCCAGUUGUAGCUAGGAUGUGCAUUUAUUCUGGAAAUAGUUUAAGUGAUACAAAAUCACCUCCACUACCAAUCACAUGUUUCCAUGGAGACUGUUUUGUCGAUUGUGUUGAAGUGCUGAGAGAUUACAACUCUACGAAAGGAUUAAAGUUCAUUCUUGUAACUGAAGGUAAUGGUUCCAGCAAACUAUUAGACACAAGAAAGAAAACAGUAGACAGAAUUGUUAGAUUCUCAGAUUCUUGUCAAGAUGUGAUUAGUGCCUUAGGAUGUCCUAGUAAGGUGUUCUAUAAAUCAGAAGAUAAAAUGAUGAUUCAUUCCCCUGAUGCUCACCGAAGAGUAAAAUCACGCUGUUCUGAUUAUUUUUACAACUAUUUUACAAUGGGUGUUGAUAUACUUUUUGAUGCAAACACCCACGUAGUGAAAAAAUUCAUUUUGCAUACAAACUAUCCAGGUCAUUACAACUUUAAUAUGUAUUAUAGAUGUGAAUUUAAAAUCCCUAUCCAUAUAGAUAAACCAGAAUUAGAAACUGGAUUAUCUGAGGAAGAGCCAUUGAUUAUCACAGCAUAUUCCAAGUGGGACAAAGUGCAGAAAUACCUGCUGAAACCAGAACAGAGACCUGUUAUUCUGACCCGAUCAUCUUCAACUAAUACCAGUAACCCUUUUGGAUCAACUCUCUGCUAUGGUGUUCACGAUAUGAUAUUUGAAACCAUGCAGAACCAUCACAUCGCAUCAAUUACCUUGUAUCAACCUUCCAAUGUGUCCUCACCCACAAAUGACAUUCCAAUGUGCUGAGGUGAACUGCCAUCUUUCAGAAACAAAGACCCCCCCCCCUAUAUACAUAUUAUAUAUAUAUAAACUUGUUUUGAGGAUAGCUUUGCUUUCCUUUCAGACAAGAAUUGAGGAAAAAUUCUGCUGCUCUAUUUUGGUUUCCACCCUAACGAAUGUAAAACUGAAAAAUUGUGUAUCACUUUGUGAAUAUUUAGAGGAAAAAAAAAAAAAAUCAUUCAAAUGCUUCCCCUUCACCCUAUCUGGUUUAUUAGUUUUAGGUUCAUUUGAAGUCAGUGGUUAUGAUGACUUUCUUGUUACCUGACCCUUAUAAACCCAAAAUGUCGAUUUAAAUGGGAGUGAUUAGAUGAGAAAUUCCUAAAUUUCUGUCUAACUAGAACCUUUCUUUCCUUGUCAAUCUCAUUAAAAUAUCAAUAUAUGACUGAAGAUAGAAUUCAAUGAAGCAGAAAAAUUUGUAUUUCAUUGAGAAUUUAAUUAAUCAUGUCACAAUUCUAGUGAUUUUUAAACAUUUGACCUGUAUUUACAAAUUUACAGGUGAAUUUUGUUUUUCUUUGCUCUUCAUUAAGGGUUUUUUUUUUCUGUUAUAACACAUCAUUUCAAUAUUUUUUUUUCUUUUAAGUUUCAUGGUAGCCUUUAUACAUUAUAUAAAUUUCUAAUGAAUUUUUUUUUUAUUAAAACUUAUCCUCAGUAUUUCAGGGUAUGACUUAACGGUACCAAUACAUUUUGAUUGUAAAAGUGAUUACAGAUUUCAAGUUGAAGAAUUUGAAGUGGCUUUGAUAUUUUCCUUUCUUUUUAAAAAUAAACAAAACAAAACAAAAAAAAAAAAACAAAUGAAGCCAUGCCAGCCAAUGCUGCAAUAUAAAAAAAAAAUAUAUAUAUAUUUGCUUUCACUUUUUCACUUACCUAAAAUUCCCAAACACAAAAUUUUGAUAAUUUUCAUCUAAAAUAAUUGAAAUUAUGUUGAAGAAACUAAAUUUUAAAAUUAUUUUAAAGAUCUCUUUCCAUGAAACAUGAAAAAAAGAAAAUGAAAUGAAAUUUUUUUUUUUUUCUGAAACUUAUUGAUUUACCUUUAAAAACUAUUUCUACAAUCUCUCAAUUGCCACAUUCAUUUGGCUUGUGAUAAUAAACAUUGAGAAAAGAGAAUGCACUCAUACUGCUGAAAUUCUAAUUACAUUGCAGAUAAAUUUGAAAUAAGAUAGCUUACAAAAUAUUUUCAGAUUAAAUAUUUCAGAAAAAUAUUCAAAGUAAUUUCUUUCAUUUUAUCAUUUAUAAAAGAUAGAGCUGACUAUGCAUUUUCAACAGUCUUGUGUUUUCUAUAUUUUAUAAUUUAAGCUUACUAUAUUUGUAUAAGGCAUGCUUUACUGACAUUAGAAGUCAAGAGCUUUCAGCAAGCUAUUAAAUUAAACCCUCAAGUGAGUGUUGUGAAAAAAAAAAUUUUUUUAAAUGCACUGAUCAAAUAGCAUCAGCCUUUCCGCUACUACCUCCUAUCUGAUCACAGGCAUUGCACCUCCAUCAUAAAACGGAACUCUACUGCAUCUUCAACUGAAAUACCAAAACUACCAGGAUGUAAUAGCCCCCAAAAAAUAUGGGGGUUUUUUUUCUGUAUCGAGGCUGAUUUCAAGUUGAUGUAAAGUUAAAUGUAGAUAUUUCUUAAGACUUGAAAACUGUGAAUUCAAUUUCUAUAGAAAAAUAUCAAACAUUGAGUGUAUAUAUGUGUGUAUAUAUAUAUAUAUAUAUAUAUACACACACACACACACACACAGCUUUCAAGUGUAUACAAAAAUUUUAACUAAGGGCAGGUGAUAAUAGGUUCAAAAUUUUCAGUCUAGUCAGUGUAUGAGUGAAAUAGUCUUGUUUUAUUUAUUUAUUGAAUUCACUUCAUUUACUCAGCAUAUUGAUAAAAAUGUCAACAUUUGCUUUGUACAAAGUUAAAACACGGAAAUAAAGUUGAACACACA